UACAGGGGGAAAAUCUGAAAAUACAAAUAUUCCCCCGGUGAACAGCCACCCCCAGUCUCCCGUCGGCGACAUCUAAUUCCAUAGAGCCGAAAGCAGCGCAAAAAAAAAAAAAAAUAUAGUCAUUUGUGUAACGAAACACCUAAAGAGAGAGAAAAUGGUAACGUCAUCGGUUGUCAACACAUACCCACUGUCCAGUUAUACAUUUGGUACUAAGGAGCCCAAAAUGGAGAAGGACACCUCCGUCGCCGAUCGCCUUGCUCGUAUGAAAGUCAACUAUUUUAAGGAGGGCAUGAGGACUAGCGUCGAAGGAAUUCUGUUGGUACAAGAACAUAAUCAUCCUCAUAUUCUUCUUCUGCAAAUUGGGAACACAUUCUGCAAACUUCCAGGUGGACGUCUGAAACCAGGAGAGAAUGAAAUUGAGGGUUUGAAAAGGAAACUCUCCAGUAAACUUGCAGCUAAUUCUCCUGGUCUUCAGCCAAAUUGGCAGAUCGGUGAGUGUGUGGCCAUCUGGUGGAGGCCAAACUUUGAAACUAUAAUGUAUCCAUACUGCCCUCCACACAUAACAAAACCCAAGGAGUGUAAGAAGCUCUUUGUUGUUCAUCUAUCUGAAAGAGAGUACUUUGCAGUCCCAAAAAAUCUGAAGCUUCUUGCUGUGCCAUUGUUUGAACUUUACGACAAUGUUCAGAGAUAUGGACCCGUGAUAUCCACAAUUCCUCAACAGCUUUCCAGAUUCCAGUUCAACAUGAUCCACCCAUAGAUUAGUUUUAUGGACAUUCAGGAGCUCCUUCUGGCAUACAAUUGCACAAGACAUAAGAUUUUUACUUGAGGUCCCAUAUUUUCAGAAUGAUAACCCUAUUUUCUGACAUGAUUCUCUCAUUUCCAGUAGGCAUAUGGACUGAUUUUUGUGGACUUCUAUUAAUUUUCUAUUGACUUAUUUCUGAUGGACAUCCUAGGUGUAUUGUCGAAAGCUUGUUUGCUUGCCUGUUGUAAUGUACAAUAUUUACUCAUUGCUGUGUAUUUUUGGUUUUUGAAUGUUCACAUGUAAGAUGGAAUAGCACUGCUAUGUUUCAUCUGUUCACCAGGCUCUUGUACAUAGCUGUACUUAGUGAUCUCCAAGGAUAUCGCCUUUUGAGUUUGUAUUUUGGGCAUCAAACUUGUGCUACUUUCAUUUCAUUAUACUCAGCAUGGAUCCAGGUCCUUCACAUCA